AUGGUCGACAUGGGGGGCUUGGUCAUCCUGAUCGCCGACACAACCUACCUGCAGGUCCGAAGGAGCCCAGAAGGAGACAGCCGGAAGCUGCAGCGGCGCUGGCGGAGCCUGGUACUGCCCAGCCCGCAGAGGUGCACCGAGCUCCGCCAGGCCCUCACCCCAGACUUCCACAGCCUGUGUGAGCAGCAACCCAUCGGCCGGCGCCUCUUCCGGGACAGCCUCGCCACCGUGCCCCUCUACCAGGAGGCCGCGGCCUUUGAGGAGGUGCAGACCUGGGAGCUGGCUGAGGAGGGCUCCUCCAAGAGCACCCUGCAGAGGCUGGGGGCCACGUGUGCAGAUGGCCAGUCACACCCCUUCCUCAGUCCAGUGCUAGCAGCCACCACCGAGGAAAAGCAAGAGGCUCUGGUGGCCCAGGCCAAGGGUGCAGCCAGGGCAUUCUUGCAGGUCUCACCAUUUCGGGAUUUCUGGGCCAGCCCUUUCCACAAGUUCCUGCAGUGGAAACUCCGCGAGCAGCCGGUAUCAGACAAGUACUUCACCGAGUUCUGGGUGCUGGGGAGAUUAAGUGUCUGCAGGAUAACCAAACUGGAAGGGGACGUAUGUGCCAUCCAAGUGAGAAACACUGGUGAAAUGUAUGCCUGUAAGAAACUGGACAAGAAGCGACUGAAGAAGAAACAUGGCGAGAAGAUGGUUCUGUCGGAAAAGGAAAUCUUAGAGAAGGUCACCAGUCCUUUCGUCGUGUCCCUGGCCUACGCCUACGAGAGCAAGUCCCACCUCUGCCUGGUCAGGAGCCUCAUGAACGGAGGUGACCUCCAGCUCCACAUCUACAAGGUGCACGAGCGGGGCCUGGCCAUGGACCGUGUGGUCUUCUACUCAGCCCAGAUAGUCCGCGGGGUGCUGUACCUCCGCUCUUGGGGCAUGCUCUGCCGAGACCUAAAGCCUGAGAGCGUGCUUCUGGACGGCCUGGGCAACUGCAGGCUCUCUGAUCUGGGGCUGGCCGUGCAGGUCCAUGGCAAGCCCAUCACUCAGAAGGCUGGAACCAAUGGUUAUAUGGCCCCAGAAAUCCUAAUGGAAGGAGCAAGUUAUUCCUAUCCUGUGGACUGGUUUGCAAUGAUGGCUGGGAGGACACCAUUCAAAGAUUACAAGGAAAAGAUCAACAAAGAGGAACUAAAACAAAGAACCCUGAAAGAGGAGGUCAAAUUUCAUCAUGAUUACUUCACAGUGGAAUCAAAGGAUAUUUGCAGACUCUUCUUGGCUAAGAAACCGGAGCCACGCUUAGGAAGCAGAGAAAAGUCUGAUGAACCCAGGAAACACUCUUUCUUCAAAACUAUCAACUUUCCUCGCCUGGAAGCCAGCCUUCUUGAACCCCCAUUUGUGCCAGACCCGUUUGUGGUUUAUGCCAGAGAGGUCGCUGACAUUGAAUUUUUUUCUGAGAUUUGGGGAGUGGAAUUUGAUGAGAAAGAUAAGAAGUUCUUUCAAAAAUUUGCAACAGGUGCUGUCCCCAUCCCGUGGCAGGAAGAAAUCAUAGACACGGGACUGUUUGAUGAACUCAAUGACCCCAACAGGCCCACAGGUUGUGAGGAGUGUAAUUCAUCCGAGUCUGGAGUGUGUUUGUUAUUGUAA